CAUACAAGUUGCUACUUUGUACAUUUUCGGCCACUGCACGCACUGAAAUACCUCUGCCAAGUGCCUUUUCUGCAAGUGAGCGGCCGAUAAGUGAUUGCAGCCUCUCGGUCACCUUUGCUUUCCUACAUCUUCGCGGAGCGUGCGUGACAAUGGGCCUAUACAACGUUACCAUCCCUGAGCGGAUGAGCCUCCCUGAAACGGUCGGGUGCUCAUCGCGGUGCCUGCCGCGCCCUCAGCCCCGUCUACUACGCGCUGGCCGCCAGCCGGCUCGGCCGGUGGUUCGCACCCGUGUGUACACGCCCACUCGCGCCGAGGAGCAGACCGCCCUUCGGCUGGAGGCGCAGCUCGCGCCCGCGAACCUGCUCAGCGAAAUCCUGGCGCCUGUGACAGCGGAUAUGCAGCAAAUGAACACCAACCUGAAGAACGUGGUGGGCAACAGGCAUCCGAUGCUGAUGGCAGCGGCGGAGCAGAUCUUUGGGGCCGGUGGAAAGAAGCUCCGGCCAGUCAUCGUCUUUCUGGUCGCACACUGCACGGCGCAGCGCGAGGGCCUAACAGAGCUGACCGAGAAGCACCGGCGACUUGCGGAGAUUACCGAGAUGAUUCACACCGCCAGCCUUGUGCACGACGACGUGCUCGACGAGUGCGACAUCCGGCGAGGCAAGCAGACCAUCAACAGCAUGUAUGGCACCCGCGUGGCCGUGCUGGCCGGCGACUUCCUGUUCGCCCAGUCCUCGUGGUUCCUCGCCAACCUGGACAACCUGGAGGUCAUCAAGCUGAUCAGUCAAGUGAUUGCGGACUUUGCCAACGGCGAGAUCAGCCAGGCCGCCAGCCUGUUUGACACCGACAUCACUCUGGAGCAGUACCUGGACAAGUCGUUCUACAAGACCGCCUCGCUCAUCGCCGCCAGCUGCCGCUCCGCCGCCGUGUUCAGCGACAGCCCUGUGGAGGUGAAGGAGGCCAUGUACGCCUACGGCAAGCACCUGGGCCUGGCAUUCCAGGUGGUGGACGACAUCCUGGACUUCACGCAAACCAGCGAGCAGCUGGGCAAGCCGCAGGGCCAGGACCUUGCCAGCGGUAACCUCACGGCGCCCGUCAUCUUCGCGCUGCGCAAGUCGCCCGAGCUGCUGGACAUCAUCAGCAGCGAGUUCGUGGAGGAGGGCAGCCUGCAGCGCGCGCUGCAGCUGGUGAAUGAGACGGGCGGCAUCGAGGAGGCGCGGCUGCUGGCGCGGCAGCAGGCGGACCUGGCGCUGUCGGCGCUGGAGUGCCUGCCCGAGGGCUCCUCGCGCCGCUCGCUACGGUUGAUGGUGGACUAUGUCCUCGACCGCAUCUACUAAGCAGGGCGCGCAGCGGAGUGGAGGCAGGAGCAGGAGGCAGGAGCAGGUGGUGUGCCGGUGAUGAGAGUACAAAAGCUGAGGGUGGUUGAAGUGAAUGGUUGCAGGCCGGGAAGCCAGGAAUGGUGGUUUACGUACGAGCGUGAAUUGAGAGAGAAAGAGAGAGCGUGUAGCGGGAGGGCUACAGGUCUCGAUGGUCGAGGCAGGCGGCACCGCGCAUGGGUGGUGCGCGGUUACAGACAAGCACACCAUCGCCGGACUGAAUUGGCCGCCCGCAUGUGACACAGUGUUCUGCUGGUGAUUGUGGUCGGCCCCGCGUUUUGUGUCGGCGCCGCCGGCCACAUGAGGGUUUCUUUUGCGGCAAUUUAUGAGAGGCAGGCACGCGGCGAGGCACAGGAGAGGGAGAGAGAAUGAGGGUCAUAAAAUUCCGUGUACAUGGCUGUACCGCUGGCCCUGCGAUGAUUCUACUGGGCCACUGACACUCUCCAAAGCGAUAGUGGAUACCCGCCUGUAUGUACAAUAGUAACUGCCCCGCGUGGGCGACAAGUUCUUGCAUGCUCUGUUUGUUUGGUUCAUGUGCGUGCGGGGUGUGCUGAGUGCACCAUUCGGUUAGGCUGGCAGAAUAUUGCACAGUGGUGGUAGUUGUGAUGGCUUUGUGCAGAGCCGUAAUCAAGUGGAUAUGGAAGAAUGAGGUAUGCAAAGCUCGGCACGCGUCCAGCGCCACUGUGGGGUGGUGUUGCGGCAAGGCGACAGAUGUGUGUCCGUGCAUAGAGUUUGAUAGGAGCAGGAGACAAACGUACGUGCUUGCAUGACCUGUAAGCAGAAUGUUGC